AUGAACCACCAUCGGUUCGAAGCCCACGAGGCCAUUCGCAACGCCUUGCUGCGCAAGAGCCGGCCUUAUCGUGGGACCUUCACUCCGGGACAGAAGAUCGCUUACUACCGGAAGGCCACCCAGACGGGCGACGGCGAGGGCUCCAUCGAGGGCUACCGCCAGGGCAUUGUGCUCGCCUUGGACCGCAACCCGUCCUCCAACGUCGCGGCCAACCUCUGGAUUCGCAACUCGCGUGGGCGCAUCGUGCAAUGUGCUCCCGAGCAGUGCCGCCCCAUCGCUGGCGAACAGGAGUGGUGGACGCCUGACGAGCAGGACCUGGAGGUCUUAAAAAAUUGUGACGAGGAUUUGCGGAUUCAUCCGCGAGCUUUUCGGGCGGUCGACCGUCCAGGCCCGGCAACAGACCGCGAACUUUUGGAGCAGCCCGCCGCAGAGGAGUUGCAGCAGCCUUCAGCAGUGGUGCCGCCGAGCCCUUUCAACUUUGGCUCGCCCGUGCCCGGCACUCCAGUUGCGCCUGCGACCCCUUCUGGUCAGGCGGAGCUGGACCAGAACCCGAACAGGAUCUACAUCCUUCAGAUCCCGCACUUCCUGGGCCCCCUCGACUACCAGAUUCGGGAGUACCAGAGCCGCAAGCGGCCCGAGGACCAGGAGAGCAUCCCUUGGACACCGAGGAAGCGGCCUUCGCGAGAGUUCCGUCCGGAUCAGAUCGGACUAAUUUACCCGGACAGGAUCUUCCUUCAGAUCGCGCACUUCCUGGGUCCCUUGGCGCCAGCCGACGAGUUUCUGAUGUAUCGAGUCCAGGAGUUGGACUCGGCUGCUGCGCGAGGUGUGAAGAGACCCCCUACAGUUGCCAUUGGAGAAAUGGAACCAGCCUCCGUGGUGGCGAAGUCUGACUGCGGCGAGCAGUACCGCAAUUUUCCCAAGCAGUGCCUACGAUGCGGAGGCGGUCGUUCUGUGUCUACCCCGAACGAGGUGCGCUCCUGGCUGGACGAGGUGAAGGAAAAGGAGGCCUUUGACGUGAUGGUGGGCCUCCCUAAGGGACGAGUGCCUCUCGAGUACCACUUCAAUGCCCAGGACGAGAUCGACUACUACCAGACGCAGACUUCCACUACAUCGACGUUGCUUGCCCAGCCCACGCACGCGAAGCCAGGAAUGCAUCGCCUGGAUGUUCUUCGCCGACACGGCCGAGGAAGCCACCUUCGGCACGGUUGGGACGGUUCGCCGUCCGAGAUGCAACUUUUUUUCGAGAAUGAUUCCUUCCUUACUGCUGCACACUUGGCCGGAGCGAGUGAACCUACACCCUCCUCGAGCCAGGAAUACUUCGAGGCCCUUGUGACCAGUUCGAGGCCCCCCACGUCACGCACUACGACCACCUCUCUCUCGGAAGGUCUCGCUCGACUGUUGUUGCAGCGGAAGGACUAUGAGUGCGAGAGUUUGCAUCAGCUCCUGGAGGUGAUCCCCUGGAAGCCACCGGACCGGAGAUGUUUGUCUUCGCAGCGCAAGGGCGCUGGAACCCUCACGCUGGGGUACUACAGCCACGGCAACCACCUCGGUUUGACCAAGGUCACCUCACGCCACCGCUUCCUGACAAAGUACGUCAACGCCUUCCUCAAGCACCACGGACAAACCGGCUCGACCAGCAGCCUGUUCCUGUCCCGCAACGUCCACAGCUACAUCCACAAGGACCGACACAACAGCAAGGGCAGCAUGAACUGGCAAAUUACCCUUGGGGACUAUCAAGGAGGUCGACUGUGGAUAGAGGAAGGACCUGACGACAUUCACCACGACCGCAGACAUCAACGGAUUUACGAGGGACGGAAGUUGCCCGGCAAGGUCCACGACACCCGCAAUCGGCUCCUAAGCUUCCGCCCUGACCGGCUACACGCCUCCGACGACUUCACCGGAACCAGGUACUCCAUCACUGCUUACGAGACUCGGUUGAUCGAAAAGGCCCCUGAUGACCAUCUGCGUGAGCUGAGGAGGUUGGGAUUCACGGUGAGGGCACCCCGGAAGGAGCCGGCCGGCAUACUGCAAUCUUCCUUUCAGGAGGCAACAUCUGUCGACUUCGAGAUCCCUCCCGACAACGAGUACGUGCCGGUGAAUGUUGCUUAUCCGGUCAAGAAACAGACCGUUGCCAACAAGGAGAACGAGAAGGUUGUGGCGCUCGAAUCUUCGAGCGAGGAGGACGGCCAUGAUGGGACGUUCGAAACAAGGAGAGCGGCGAUGCAAGCUCGCAAGAAGGAGGUGCACUGGCAAAGCAUGACCGAGGAGGAAAUCCCCGCCUUCAUCGAGAGCGUCAAGAAGGAAUGGAGCGAAUGGGAAAAGUGGUCUUCCUGCAAACCGGUCUAUGUGCAAGAUCGAGAGAUCCCGAAUCAUCUCAUUCUGAAGAGCCGCAUCUGUUACCGCUGGAAGCCGAUACCGGAGGGUCAAAAGGCCAAGGCCCGCAUCGUCAUAGCGGGAUUUCGGGAUCCACACCUUUCCCUGCUGACGCGAGACGCCCCGGUUCUGGCGAGGACCAGUUUUCACCUGAUCCUCCAGUGGGCAGCUUCGCACCGAGCUCCUGUUUGGAAUGCCGAUUGUCGCUCGGCGUUUCUCCAGGGCGAACCUGAUACGGAGAGACCAGAAAGCAUUUACAUGCGAGCUCCUCAGGAUCCCAUAGCCUUGGAGGCGGUCCCCAUCUGGAAGUGCAAGACGUUGCUCUACCGCUUGAGUGCUCCGGUUUACGGCCAGAGUAACGCUCCAAGGAGGUGGUUUGAUCACUUUUGCAAGGUGCUGCUAGGUUUGGGGUGGUGCCAGCACAGCCUCGACCCGUGCCUCUUUUUGUGGCGCGUCAAUGAUCAGAUCGUCGCGGUGCUCGGCUUGCACGUCGAUGACCUGGUGAGCGCCGCCCUGAAGGACUACGCCGAGGUCUUGAACCAGGUCGAGGCCAAGUUCACUUGGGGUUCGCCAUGGGUGAGCGAGGACUUCACCUUCGUCGGGCGACAUGUCAAGCAAUGGCCGGACGGGAGCAUCACUCUGGACCAGGCCAGCUACGUCGGAGAAGUCCCCACAACCAAGGUGAAGCUCGAGGAGGCGACCUUGCUCAGCGAGCACCCCUCCCUGGUCACCGAGUUCAGGUCAGGGAUUGGCUCGUUGCAGUGGCUGGCUGGGACUACCCGUGGCGACAUUGCGGCGGAUACCAGUUUGAUCCAGAAGCCUCCCAAGGACUUGACGGUCGCUGACUUGAAAGAGGUCAACGGCGUUCUCCGCUACGUGAAGGCAACCUCGGAUGCCACCGUGAAGAUCGUCCCGAUCGAGCUGAGCAAGCUGGUGUUCGUGGCUUACGGUGACUCCGGUUUCGCAAACGCUCCCAACAGCAAGAGCCAAGGAGGGCUGGUCAUCGUGGCUACGGACAAGGAGGUCCUCCACCAGGUCCGGCCGGCCUCGCUGCUGGAGUGGAAGAGCUACCGUCACCAGCGUGUACUCCGAAGUACCCUCGCCGCGGAGGCUUCGGCCUUGGACCGUACCUUUGACCAUGCCUGCUUCAUGGCUAUGGUGUACAGCGAGAUGUCCUUGUGGGACGCGGUGCACAGGUUGACGACGGCUUUCACGGAAAAGAGGGUGGAAAUAGACGUGGCAGCCCUGCGUCAGACUUGCAAGGCGCUGAGAUGGGUGCCAACCGAGAUGAUGCACGCCGAUGCUAUGACCAAAAGAUCGCGAGCUCUACGCGACGCUUUCAGGCUGUGGAUGUCCGAUCCCACGGUCACUUUGGUAGAUAGCAAGGCCUCGAAAGACUUGGCCGUCGGUAGUGCAGCGAACGCAGCUUGGCGGUAG